AGCAUUAAUGUUCAAGGAAAUUUGCUAAAAACGGAAUGAAAAUUCUCUAAAAGUAGUAAAAAUGGCAAGGCAAAUUGGAUUUUCAGACAGGAGAGAAUGUCCGCAUCUCUGCAAGUUAGCAGCUGCAUAUCUUAGAAAUUCAGAAGGAUGUGAAGAUGCUAUAUUUGCAUUGUUCUCGAGGGAGCCAGAUGUAGAUUCACUGUAUGUUAAGCUUGUGGAGGAGUUUGAGAGAUGCAUUCUUAGUUACUUUGCAUUCCACUGGAGCCAUGCUGAUCUUAUGAUUAGUCAGGUUCUAAGUCAUGAUGCAGAGCCUAAAAAGAAGCUGAAGCAUGUUGUCAUGGCAGCAACUAGGGAACAGAGAUUUGAGAGAGUGACCAAAAAUCUGAAAGUGGCUAGAGUGUUUGCUACCUUGGUGGAGGAAAUGAAAGCGAUGGGGAUUGCAUCAGUUGAUGAUUCUCAAUGUACUGAGGUGAUGGCGCCAGUGGCUCACAGUGACAGAAGUCCAGUGCUGCUCCUCAUGGGGGGUGGGAUGGGAGCUGGAAAAAGCACUGUGCUUAAGGACAUUCUCAAAGAACCAUUCUGGGUGGGAGCUGCAGGGAAUGCGGUUGUGAUUGAGGCAGAUGCAUUCAAGGAAUCAGAUGUCAUCUACAAAGCCCUGAGCUCCAGAGGUCAUCAUGACAUUUUCCAAACGGCUGAGUUAGUGCACCAAUCAUCUACAAAUGCGGCAUCAUCCCUCCUAGUCACAGCACUCAAUGAAGGGCGGGAUGUUAUCAUGGAUGGCACACUCUCCUGGUUACCAUUUGUCGUGCAGACGAUAACCAUGGCCAGAAAUGUCCAUCGUCACCGAUAUCGCAUGGGAGCUGGUUACAAGGUAGGAAAAGAUGGAAAGGUAACUGAGAAGUACUGGGAAACAAUAGACGAAGAGCAAGUGCAAGAAGAGGGUAAAAAGAGAAAACCAUACAGGAUAGAGCUGGUUGGGGUUGUUUGUGACACCUACCUAGCUGUUAUUAGAGGCAUUAGGAGAGCCAUACUGUGUGGAAGAGCUGUAAGGGUGAAUUCACAACUGAGAUCCCACAAGAGAUUUGCAAACGCAUUACCAACAUACAUCCAACUGGUUGACAAUGCCAGGCUAUAUUGCACCAAUACUUUGGAAGGACCCCCUAAGUUGAUAGGAUGGAAGGACAAAGACAAGACUUUUCUGGUUGAUCUAGAGGAGAUAGACUGUUUAAAGAAGGUAGCCAGACUGAAUGAGGAUGCAGAGUCCAUAUAUGAACUUUACAAGAACCCCAACCCUGCUUGUGAAGCUGGGUCCAUCUGGAAAGACAUUGUAUUGUCACCUUCGAGAUUAAAUGUCCAACAGGAGCUCAAGUAUUCUAUUCAGAAAGUAGAAAGAUCAAAGAUACGUCAAGAGCACAGGCCUUGCUGAGUUUCAAUUUCAAACUUCUCUAGAUUCACUCCCAAUAGUUGGAGGUUGAAGGAGUUAUCAAAACUCUGUUACUCUGCUACAUUUUUUUUACCAAGAGUUGUUUACCUAGGUUGUGUUAUAACAACGGUGAUUAUAUAUAUAACUAUUGCACCUAAGUUAUGUAAGGUUCAGAUCAAGAAACUGAAAUUCAGCAA